AUCGAUCAUUCCAAUUCUAUUUCUUCAGGGGCUCUGCUCAUUGCACUAGAGUUGGCAAUUUGGUCAAUAAAACUAAAAAAUAUUGUCUCUAUAGUUCUUUCAUCGAUCAUUCCAAUCAUAUUUUAUUAUGCAGACAACAUUGAAGUUUUUGUUGACCAUCACAUAAUUACCAGCUCGUCAUCUGCCAUAUAUUUAGACCUGGCCAGCCAUGAAGAAGCACAUCUGCAAACCCAGAAAAAGAUUUACUUACAAGAUAUAUAAUAGCAACAACAUGGCUUCUGUCCUACCUUCUUUCCAUGUUUCAAUAAAACCACCUCUCAGGAACUAUACUCGUCAAGCUGUGCAUAUAAGAGCUCAGAGCUUUAGUGAUGAAGGGAAAUCGAGUAAUAUCGUCGAUGCAAACUUGAGUGUUCUUAGAGACAAAGUAGAGAUGGUUAAGACGAAGGAGAGACUUGAGAGGUGUUGCAAAUGUGAAAAUGGAUGGAAUUACGUCCCUGGGUAUGAUUAUGAACUCAAAAGAGAGAGAGAGAGGUCACAGUUAUUUGAGUUUGUAGGCUUAAUUUGUGGGACUCUUGGUUUCACCUGUCUUAGUGGUAUUUUCUGUCUUUGCCUUGUUUCCUUCUUUGUUCAUUUGGUUCAAUAAGUUGGAUUUUGUACAAAAUGUAAAUGAAUCUCU